CGCCGCAGCCGCCACCGCGGCUGCUGCUCCGGCUGCUGCGGGAGGCGGCGCUGGCUGGCGGCUGCGCUCGCUCCAGUCGGCGAGCGAGCGAACGAGCGAGCGAGCGUGUGUGUGUUUUUUAAAGAUGGCCGGAGCGGCGCCGGCGGUGGCCGCGGGAGCAGCAGCUGGAGCCGCAGCGGCAGCUGUGUCGGUGGCGGCUCCGGGCCGGGCCUCGGCACCCCCGCCGCCCCCGCCCGUGUACUGCGUGUGCCGGCAGCCGUACGAUGUGAACCGCUUCAUGAUCGAGUGCGAUAUCUGCAAGGACUGGUUCCACGGCAGCUGUGUUGGAGUAGAGGAACAUCAUGCUGUUGACAUUGACCUGUAUCACUGUCCCAACUGUGCAGUUCUACAUGGUUCAUCCUUAAUGAAAAAGAGGAGGAACUGGCACAGGCACGACUACACAGAAAUUGAUGAUGGUUCCAAACCAGUACAAGCUGGAACUAGAACUUUUGUUAAGGAAUUACGUUCUCGAGUCUUUCCAAGUGCUGAUGAAGUCAUUGUAAAGAUGCAUGGCAGCCAGCUGACCCAGAGAUACCUGGAGAAACAUGGAUUUGAUGUCCCUAUUAUGGUCCCUAAAUUAGACGAUCUAGGACUCAGGCUCCCUCCACCUACUUUUUCUGUUAUGGAUGUGGAACGUUAUGUAGGUGGUGACAAAGUGAUAGAUGUCAUUGAUGUGGCAAGACAGGCAGACAGCAAAAUGACACUUCACAAUUAUGUUAAAUACUUCAUGAAUCCUAACAGACCAAAAGUGUUAAAUGUGAUCAGCCUUGAAUUUUCAGAUACGAAGAUGUCUGAAUUGGUGGAGGUCCCUGAUAUAGCCAAAAAACUUUCCUGGGUGGAAAAUUAUUGGCCAGAUGAUUCAGUCUUUCCUAAGCCAUUUGUUCAGAAAUACUGCUUAAUGGGAGUUCAAGACAGCUAUACGGAUUUCCACAUUGACUUUGGUGGAACUUCAGUUUGGUACCAUGUCCUGUGGGGUGAGAAGAUUUUUUAUUUGAUAAAGCCAACAGAUGAAAAUUUGGCAUUCUAUGAAUCUUGGAGUUCAUCUGUGACCCAGAGUGAGGUGUUCUUUGGAGAUAAGGUGGACAAAUGCUACAAAUGUGUGGUAAAGCAGGGACAUACCUUAUUUGUUCCUACAGGGUGGAUUCAUGCUGUGCUCACUUCUCAGGACUGUAUGGCUUUUGGGGGGAACUUUCUGCACAACCUUAACAUUGGCAUGCAGCUCAGGUGUUAUGAGAUGGAGAAAAGGCUAAAAACACCAGAUCUUUUCAAAUUCCCUUUCUUUGAAGCCAUAUGUUGGUUCGUAGCCAAAAACUUGCUGGAAACCCUGAAAGAACUGAGAGAAGAUGGAUACCAGCCUCAAACUUACCUUGUGCAAGGAGUGAAAGCAUUGCAUACUGCUUUAAAAUUAUGGAUGAAAAAAGAUCUUGUGUCUGAACAUGCCUUUGAAAUUCCAGACAAUGUUAGACCUGGACAUCUUAUUAAAGAACUUUCUAAAGUAAUUCGAGCAAUAGAGGAGGAAAAUGGCAAACCAGUUAAAUCUCAGGGAAUUCCUACUGUGUGUCCAGUUUCACGAUCCUCAAAUGAAGCAACUUCUCCAUACCAUUCCCGACGAAAAAUGAGGAAACUUCGAGACCAUAAUGUCCGAACUCCUUCUAACCUAGACAUCUUAGAACUCCACACAAGGGAGGUCCUCAAGAGGCUAGAGAUGUGUCCAUGGGAAGAGGACAUCUUGAGCUCUAAACUGAAUGGAAAAUUCAACAAACAUAUCCAGCCAUCUUCCACGGUACCUGAGUGGAGAGCGAAAGAUAAUGAUCUACGAUUACUGCUGACAAACGGAAGAAUAAUUAAAGAUGAGAGACAGCCCUUCACAGAUCAGAGUCUUUAUACAGCAGAUAGCGAAAAUGAAGAGGAUAAGAGAAGGACAAAAAAGGCAAAAAUGAAGAUAGAAGAGAGUUCAGGAAUAGAGGGGAUGGAAAAUGAAGAAUCUCAAAAACCACUUAACAAGUUUUUUACAAGUGUAAAAUCAGAACUCAGGAAUAAAUCAUCAGAAUAUUCUGAUAUUUCUGAUUCAGAAGACUCUGGGCCUGAUUGUACUGCACUGAAAAAUAAUUUUACCACUGAAGAGUCUGAAAGUUCAGGUGAUGAAAAGAAGCAAGAAAUAACAUCAAACUUUAAGGAGGAGUCUAAUGUGAUGAGGAACUUCCUUCAAAAGAGCCAGAAGCCAUCUAGAAGUGAAAUUCCAGUUAAAAGAGAAUGUCCUACCUCGACAAGUACAGAGGAAGAAGCUAUUCAGGGCAUGCUGUCUAUGGCAGGGUUGCACUAUUCCACAUGUUUACAAAGGCAAAUUCAAAGCACAGACUGCAAUGGUGAAAGAAACUCUCUCCAGGAUCCCAGCAGUUGCCUCAGCAGUAACCAUGAGGUUAGGCAGUUGCAUCGCUGUGAUAAAUCAGUGGAAUGUGGAUACCAUGUCAAGACUGGAGAUCAAGACUUGAGGAAUUCUUCCUGGAUUAAACAAUUUGAUACAAUUUCCAGAUUUAAUCCUCAGGAUCUAAGUAGAGGCCAGAAAUACAUCAAAAAGGAAGGUUCAUCAGAAGUAAGUCAGAAGGUACAAAAUAGGAAUUAUGUGGACAGCAGUGGUUCAAGCCUUCAGAAUGGAAAGUAUACACAGAACUCAAGCUUGAUUUGGGGGCAAUGCCAGAUAAGUAAUGGCAGUCUAAGCCCAGAAAGGCCAGUUGGUGAAACUUCCUUUUCAGUGCCCCUUCACCCCACCAAGAGACCUGCUUCAAAUCCACCACCUAUCAGCAAUCAGGCAACAAAAGGUAAACGUCCAAAAAAAGGAAUGGCAACAGCCAAACAACGUCUUGGGAAGAUCCUUAAGUUAAACAGAAAUGGCCAUGCACGUUUCUUUGUGUGAAGUAGCUGCUGUUGCGGCUACUCUUCCCUUUGGGAACCUGUUUUGGGGGUACAGGAGCCUGGAGCUUCUGCUAUCCCUCUGCCUGAAGCAGUUUUGCAUGUACAAUAGAGAACACUGCCUGAAGAACAAAAUGAACCUGAUGCUGCAUUUUCACUGUGCCACACCCACUCAGCAAUAACCAUUUUGGACCUGGUGGGGGAGAGGAAGAAGGAGGGUAGAACCUUAAAAAGAGACCUUGAACUGGAAAGGGUCUCUUGUCAGGGCUUGAAUUUCAUUUUGUUGUUGGUAGUGUCUUGAUUUAUUUUCAGUGAUAGGGUAAAGAAUUAUCAGUAAUUUAUUUAACAGAUUUUUUUUUUUUUAAGUUAACAGCUUUUAAAUUCUUUUUUUUUUUAAGCUAUUUAUUUGGAAAAUUUCUGGAGAAAUAUCUCACUAAUUUAGAUUUAAGAAUGUGAAGGUUUUUAAAUUAUUUUUGAUAGUGUAUGUGUUACCUGUGGGCGAGAGCCACGGUAACAGUAACUAGUCUGGACUCUUAAAUUUGAUAUUCAGGUUAAAGUCUUAAACAGGGAUUUGAUGCAUUAAUUAUUUUAAAUUAAGAUGUAUAUGAAAAUCAUUUUAUUUUAUAUAUUUCAUGUGUUUUUUAUAAGCUAUUAGCUUCGCUAUUGCUAACAUCCAAGGUGCAUACUUUUAUCCAGGUUGAUUACCUUAUAUCCCACCUUCCCUCUGCACUCUCCAUCAUUUUGUGACAACUCAACAAGACUUUUCUCUUUGCAGGGAAACACUUUCAUAGCCAAUGUGUAAGAACUACAUAAAAGAUCCCACGUUUCUCAUUUCAUUUAGCAUUAUGAUUUCCUUCUAAAUAUAAGAAAUAGUCUUCUUGUAUUUUCAUUUCUGCUGGUCAUAUAUGGGUUCCAAAGAGAAAAGCUUUAAUAUCUUUUUCCUACUUGUGGGAAAAGUAUUAUAAGUUUGGUUAAAUUGUCAUGUUUGUAGUUUUUUCAAAUAUAUUUGUAACUAAAGUGGAUCUUCUUUAUAAUGCUGGUGUUGGCGGACAGGACUGACACCUGCCAUAUAGGUUAUAUUUUAUGAUGCUUUUAUUCUGUGUACCUAAUUUGUUGGAAAAUAUUAUUUGACUUAGUAUAUUCAAGUCUGCAUAGUAAUAAGCCGUAAUAUAAUAGGAUUAUACUAUAUUAAGUUGUAUAGAAGCAAGCAUGUUGAAGUAGAUCGUGUGUGUGUGUGUGUGUGUGUGUGUGUGUGUGUGUGUGUGUGUGUGUGUGGUUUUUUAUUUCUUAACCUUCUACUGAAUUAUUUAAUAUAUGGAUUUGGAGUAAAAUGGGUGCUUUUUGCAGUUUCUUCCAUCUAUCCCAUCUUAACCAGUGCAUAUUAAGGUUAAGUAUCUGGUUGAGUUUUAUGGUAAUCAUUUAUCUCCUUUAUACACAGAUUUUACUAAAUGCCAGUUUUCUGUUUCUUGUAAUAGCUUAUGUCUUCCUUUUUAAUUCCCAUGUAUAAAAAAAAAUUAUUUCUGGGGGUGGGGUGAAGAUAGUCCCAAUUCUGACAAUAAAGCAUUUUAUAAGUUCCUAUAAAAAGCAUAUAGGCAAAUAGGACAAAAUUUAUUUUUAUGGAGAAUUCUGCCUGUACUAUGGAUUUGUUUUUUUUAGUCAGCAAGGUAACUGGACUUUCCCCUCUAUAUGAAAUAUCAGUUGAAGAGCUAAGAAAGAAAAUCUAUGCCAUCAUCUUUCAUGGUUGCAUUCAAAUAUAUAUUUUCAAAGAUGUAUUUCUUACUUUGUCUCCAUUCCAAGAUUUCACGCAAUAAUUAUAAAAUAGCUCAUGAAUGAGUCUCUCUAGGCCAGAGUGAAUAUUAUCUGGGUGUCAGGAAGAAGAUUCUUUAUGGAUAUUCUAAAUGUCUACAAAUGACCCACUUAAACUCUGCCUGCACUCUGCCAAAACCUGUUAAGAUAUAUGUAUAGUAUGGAUUGGCCAUCUUACCUCAAUGAUGUAAAAAAUUUGGAUUUGACUGAUUCCUCCCCCAUCCCACCCCCCACCCCCACCCACUAUAUUGUGAUGUUUUGGUUUUCUGUAGACAAUGUUUUUGUGUUACAGUACACACUUUUUUUUGCUUUUGUUGUUGUUUUUGUUUAAGAAAUAACUAAUUUCUUUUUCUAGUUGCAUCAUGAUCUGGGUUCUUUUUUUGCUUUUUUCUUUAUACUUUUCACAGCUCAAAAUAUUUUUAGUUACCUGACUUUUUUUUUUCUUUACCCAUAAAAAUUAAAAUAAACCUUCAUCUAUUUUUAUGGAUUAAAAUUGUGGCCACAGUAUCAACUCUGUGUACUAAGGCCUGUAAAUACGAUUUUAAAUAGCCAAUAUAUGGAGUUUUUAAGUGAAGUUACUGUGGAUUCAUUUUUGGCAGUUGUAGCCCAUUAACUGGCUAACUUAAAAGAUUUUCAGUAAGGUAACAUAACCACUAUAACAGAAAAUAUGCCUGUUUUUCUGAAUUGAUGAACAUUCAGCCACUGAUCCAGUGACUUUCCCAGUCAAACUUCUUAUAAAGUUGCUGGCUGUGAUUCAUCUCUUUAUCCCUCAUGGGAAUGCCUGAACUUUGAGGUAAAGGCAGCCAGUAUCUGGGCUGAACUGUAAAAGACAACCUUUCAUCUUCUUUUCAGUCUCGUUUAUAAACAGUACUACCAUACUGGCACUCAGAUAGGAAGACAGCAGUGAUAGCAUUUAACUACUUAUAAGCAAAUAUACAUAUGUAAAACUAAGAAUCAUGAUUUAACAAAUGCCAUUUUAAUAGUAGUAGUAGGUAAAUUUCCUAUAUUCCAGUAAGUGACUUCUUUAAUGUGGGAUCCACUGUACUGUAAUUCACCGUGUCACAUAAUGUUAUGUUCUCCAGUAUUGAUAAUGAUGUUAACAAUACAAAGUUGGCAGUUUUAUAAUAGUUCAGUAUCCUAUAAACACCUUAAGCUUCAUAAGCAUCAGUUAAUUUUUAAAGCAUAUAAAAUUGGAAAUUCUGACGGAAAUCAUAAACUCAGAGAGGAAACAAGUUCAUCUUUAACACUAAAUACUUACCUUGAAUAUUGUCCUGUUUUUAAAUAAUCCUGUUAUUGCCUUUUAAUGAACUCUAUUCAUGGGAGAUCAGCAGGUAUUUACCGAACAAACAUCUAUGUGCCCAGCAUUACUUAGUUCUGUGGGGAAAUAAAAAGUUGUUGUGGUCUCUGCCCUUGAAGGUGUCUUCUCCAUGAGAGAAGCAGUAUUAUUUUCACUUCUAAGCAAGCUUAAGCAAAAGAUGGUCCAUUCAUAAAAGACAGCCUAACUUUAUUAAUUUUACAAUAACUUUAUUAGUAGUAGUUUUACUAAUAAAGUUUCACUGUACUGAGAUACACAGCUAUAGAAGUAGAAAUUUUUAAAAAGUCCUGAGUUCUUUGUAAAAAUUGAAGAAACAUUUCAAAAGUUAAUAAUUUAAUACUGGUAGUAGAGGAGCAUGGUAUAGCAUGGAAGAGGGCAAAAGAUCUGGAUUUUUUUUUUCCAAGUUCUGCCAUUUAUGUAUCAGCUAUGUGACUUUGGUACAUCUGUUCUUUUUGAGUCUCGGUUGUCUCAUUUGUAAGUUUGGAUAAAAAAUAUACUUACUAUAAUAAUCAGUUAAGAAAAGCAUUCCUUAAUCUAGUAACACUUCACACUUGCAGGGAAUUUAUCAUUUAAGUUACAACUGAUAAUUUAUGAAUGUACCUUUAUAUAUAUAUAUAUAUUUUAAUGAAAACUGCAUUAUUCAUAGAAUUUGUUUCAUAUCAAAUAUAUACCCAGAGCGUGCUACCUAAAAAUCUGAAGAAUCUCUAACAAGGUGCUGAAUUAAAAUCAGAUUCAGUGCUUAAAGUGAAAGAAGCAGAAGUGAGAUAGUUUAUGAAUAACAGAAUGAGAAUGUUAAUCCUCAAGUACAUUAAGAUGAUUUAAAGUAAUUGAAAGGAGGUUUUAGGUUUUUCUUAAAGAGGAAUGAGGAUAACAUUGUCCUACAGAUUUUGCAUACUCUUCAGACACUAGCUAAAAGUAAAAUAAGUCAUGGAAUGAACAUAAUUAAGCAAUUACCUAUGGAACUAGAAAAAAAUAAAAGUAAGAUGAUUAGAAAGAUGGAAGUCAGCUCUGGGUUGGGUAACAGUGGCUUGUUGGGUAAAGAGAGACCACAUUUGUGUAAUAGUAUAGGAAAAAAAGACUCGACUGGACAUCUUCAAAAGAAAAGAUUCUGCUUUUUUCACAAGAAUAAUUGUCUGUCUGGUAUACUACUGUACUACUGCCCGAAGUAAUGAUUGCAGCAGGUAAACAUCUUAACAUUUCACUUUGAGAGUUGAGGAUUUCAAUAGGGUAAAUUUGAGAUUUUUUCAAAAAUUAAUUUUUCUCAUUAAAUUUUAAGCUAGUUGUUCUUAGAAGCUAAAUAUCACCAGUCAUUUUCUGAAGCCCUAGAGCUUAAUAUAAAGCAAUGUUGAUAAGGUCAAGGAUAAGAUCUUUGGCCUAGGCAGUGUCACAAUAAAUAAAGUAGACAAGUGAAACCCAAAUAGAAUGAUUUCCCUUGGGUCACACAGUGUAUACUAUGUGUUACCUCUGAUAACCUUGCUUCCUAAAGCACCCCCUGAUCUUUGAUGCUGUGCAGCCUCUGCUUGUCCUGUGGUGGAUGGUGUUAAUAUGCUUCCUUGAAGGGGAAGAAUUAAUAUACUCACUAUAUUGCUGAUGAACUCAAUAUAAUUUUAAUACUGUAGCCUUACUAAAACCCUUCCCUUUUAUUUGUUUUUCAGUUAUUGCCAUGCCAUAAGUCAAACAUUUGAUAUUUGACUUGCAACCACAAGUUAAAAAUGAAGGUCAUUAAGAAGGAAAUGCCUAUUUCCAUGGCAGUUAGCUUACUGUAAUUAACUGUGGUUUUAUUCUUUUAGUUUUUUUGUUUGUUUGUUUCCUCUUUAGCAGGUAAGGGAAAAUAAUACUCAUUUGAAAUACCUGCAUUCCACCACUUAGAUUUCUCUCUCUCACCUUUGGUGCCCCUUCUAUUGCCCUAAGGCUUUGUCUUAACAAGUGCAACAUUAAAUUUUUUUGUUAAAACUUUUUUUAAACCGUAUUCAGUGAUUCUUCCAACAUGUUCAUCUGCUCUGCACUAUUUCACUAAUAAACCCUGGCUACCACGUAGCCUUUGACCUCCAGGUAGUUUACCUAUGCAAAACCUGUGACAUCCUGAAUUCAUUCUUUUUUUAUUUCAAAAAGCAGUCCUAAAUGGAACUUUAAGGUAAAACUUGCCUCCACCCCAUUUUAUUUUGGCCACUUUUCACAAUGUCAGCUUUUUUCCGCCAAGAUUUUUCACCAAAACAAUGAUCAUAAGUGCUGGAACAUAUAAUAUUUUGCAGGAAUAAAAUAACCCAGGCAUACUUUUAUAUUAUUUUGGAUUUUGCUUGGUAAAAAUUAACAGCAUUAAAUGUAAUAUAGAAUGAGGAGUUGAUUCCUUGCCUAAAAGCAUUUCUUCACUCUAAAAUUCAUAAGUUACUUUUUAUUUUUAAAGUGCAUACAUAUAACUUCCACAUUAUAGUCAGGGACCUGAGGUGUAACGUGUUAAGUGAACCCCAAGGUUAUUUUAUCUUGCAAAAGAAACCUAAACCAAACUAAGGGCCUUACAGUUUAUGGUUAGACUGAAUCAAAAGCUAUAACCUCAAUUUUUCCAAAAACAGCUUCUGACUGCAAAAGCAAGUCAUGCAGUUGUUAGAUAUGAAAUAGCACUGAUCAGGAAAUGCAUAUGCAUCUUUGCAGACUGUAUUUCCUUCAGAAAAGACUUUUUUACUUUUAAUAUAAAUUAAGCCAUAACAGUUUCAUGCUGUGGAAAGAGGGUGAAAGGUUCAUUUUAGAGAUUAUGUAGUAUGAAUUUUCACAUAUACUGUGAAAUGUCUAACUUUACCAGUGCUUCAGCAGGUUUUUUGUGGGGGGUUGGGGAUGGAGGGUAGCAAUGGGGAGGGUUAGUAUUGGUUUUAGGGGUUUUAAAUCUGUGAAAUUUGAAAAGAGGACAGUUGUUGGCUAUGGUAUUUACUAGUUUUGUAGUAAUGUUUUGCUAGCCUCACUGACUUUCCUUACUGAUUUUUAUGCCCAUGGUCUAAGAUGACUGUUAACUUUUCUUGUUUGGGGUGUCUGCGGAAUAGUCUUGUCUAUUUGUAUAGGCCGUCAAUGUGUGUGCACACGUGUGUCCUUUUAAUGCAAAAGUGCACUGUGUUACAGUGGAGUGGUGUGUGGCUGGGAAAUGGGAUGCUGAAGCUUUAAGAGCAUUUUUUUUUAAGAUUCAUAACAGUAUUUCCCAUCUUUUGCCUGCAGGCAGGGAAAAUGUACAGUAUUUAUUUUGUUUCUGUUUUACUUUAAAUUUGUAAGUCUUUAUGUAGCUUAUAUUGGUUAUUAUGGGGAGGGGCAAGUGACUUGUUUAAAGUUGUAUGGUAUUUGGUUCUUACUUUCCAAUUUCUGUAUUUGAAAAUAUUGAAAUUAAAAUUGUAUUACUUUUUUUUGAUUUUUUAGCACUCAGUGUAUUUUUUGCCCAUUUUAUUUGAACGUAUAAAUGUUGAAAGUUGUAUAAAAUGUCUUUGAAAGAAAAAAAUCUGAAUUCUAUAUACCA